AAUCAGGCUGUGCUCUUGCAAAGCUCCCUUCCUCUAAAGGGGAGGGGAGGAGGAGAGAGCUGGAGUCCUCACUAGGGGACCGCUCGGGGGCCGCGGUUCUGUGCCUCCCUCUCUGGGUUCUUGCUGCUGCUGACCUGAGAGCCUGAUGCUCAACUUUCCUCCCGCUGCUGCUGCGGGCGCUUUGAUUCGCCCAUUCCCUUGCUCUGUUUGCGGUGGCUGAGGACUCUCUAGGAGGUUUCCAAGAAUUUCUAAUGUGAAAGGAAAAAGCCAGGAAGUGCCAAGGAGGUACUGCUCUCCAUUGACUGGCAUUGACCUUUCUGGGCCUUUCCCACAAGCACGGGGUGAAGAUGAGCAGCCUGUCCCAAGCAUGACGUCAUUGGCAAAUGUCAUUGCUUCCCACCAGUCAGAGUGGGUCUCCUUCAAUGAUGAGCUGCUCGUGCCGGUUACUUCGCAGGGUGGUACCAAAGAGCCUCUGGAAAGGUGUUUUUCCUCCUCCGACACCUCCUCAGAAGAAAACCGUAUUGUGGAUGGAGAGUUUCAGGACCUCUCACACACUGAGCUGAGUGAUGACGUGGACAAGCCUGGGGUGGACUCUGCAUCAGUAUCUCUGCUUGGGAACCAUGUGUGUCCUAAACCUGAUCUAUCUUCAUCUAUCAGUACCUGGGUUCAAUUUGAAGAUGUGCCAUGGACCAGCACUUUACCAGCUCACACACAAACAGCCCUUCCAUCAAGAGCAACCUGCUGGACUUCUCCCUCCUCAGAUUAUUCUGAGAGACAACCCCUUGCCUCAGAGAGCAGCUGGACAACCAACUCAGAGGACACCAGCAGCCAAAGCAUUGCCCCCUCCUACACAGAUUUGCAGUCGAUAAAUACUGAGGACCUGACCAGUGGUGGGGCUUCUGCAGCAGACUCAGCUGACAAUUCCUCGUCUUUCCAGGAAGAUGAAGAGGUAGAUAUGGAGGCUGUCAACUGGCAGCUGAACAGCACCCCCAUGAAUGGGCACUCUCCUACCUCAACCACUGCUCGUUUCCCCAGCUGGGUGACUUUCGAUGACAAUGAAGUCAGCUCUGCUUCCCUACAGAAGCUUUCUCCCUUGAAACCAGACACCCCACCAAUAGCAACGCAGACUGCAGAUGUGAACUGUAACCUUGCUGCAUCCUUUAAGAAGAGGGAGCGCCCCAGGAGCACGUUGGUGGACCUCACUAAAGUUCAAAAGCUAGAUCUUUCCUCCUUAAAUAGGCUGCCUUCAGUUGGAACACCCCCUUGGAGUGCUACUAACCCCUUCCUGGAUGAGUCUCUGAGGGAUGUCCAACCCUCACCCAUCAACCCGUUCAGCUCAUUCUUAGAGGAACGAGAUAGGCGUUCCCACAGCUCCUCUCUCUCCAGUGCUCCAGGACAAAGCCAAAGAGACUCCCUUAUUAUCCUCUACCAAGAACCUGACACCAUCAGCUUCGAUGAGUCAAGCAAAAACUUAACCCACACAGAUGCUGUCGAGCAGCUCAAGCAGCUCCGUAUUGGGGAUCCAGAUCACCUGAGCAGCCCAACUCUACCUGAUGAUGACCCCCUGAUGCCAUUUGAGGUGGAUGGCACAUUGUUGAACGUGGCCUCAUCUCAGCCCAAGGAUGGCUGGCCAAUGAUGCUCAGGAUACCAGAGAAGAAGAACAUCAUGUCAUCUAGGCAUUGGGGGCCAAUCUACAUCAAACUGACUGCGAGCGGGUAUCUACAGCUUUUUUAUGAGAAGGGUCUGGAGAAGCCCUUCAAGGAAUUCAAACUUGAGAUCAAUCAUGAGAUUUCAGAGCCCAAGCUCCAAAACUAUGAUGAGAAUGGAAGGAUACACAGUGUGCGGAUAGACCGCACCAUCUACAAGGAGAAAAGGAAGUAUCAGCCUAAACCAGCAAUCAGCCAUGCAGCAGAAAGGGAACAAGUGAUAAAGCUAGGCACUACUGAUUAUGAAGACUUCCUUAGUUUCAUCAGCGCAGUUCAGGAUAUACUAAUGGACUUGCCAGCCUCAUCAACAGAUCUGAGCACAGUAGGAUUAAACUAUCAAGAGGAAGAAAUCACUGUUGAUGUCAAAGAUGAGUUUCAUGGCAUCUUGGCCAAAGGAGACCAUAGGAUUCUCCAGCACAGUGUGCUGACGCAUGUACAUGUUCUCAGCUUCCUUUCUGGCCUCGCAGAAUGCAGGCUGGGCCUUAAUGACAUACUUAUAAAAGGGAAUGAAAUCGUUGCACGGCAGGAUAUUAUGCCUACCACUACCACGAAGUGGAUUAAGUUGUAUAACUGCCGGUUCCAUUCAUGUGUGGAUGAGGAAAUGUUUAACAGCUCCCAUGUUAUCCAGUUUAAUCCCUUGGAUGCCUGCCGAUUCGAGCUGAUGCGGUUCAGGACUGUGUUUGCUGAGAAGACUUUGCCUUUCACUCUGAGAACAGCAGCCACUGUCAAAGGUGCUGAAGUGGAGGUCCAGAGCUGGCUGAUGAUGUCCACUGGGUUCUCCUCCAACUGCGACCCUCUAACUCAGGUCCCCUGUGAAAACGUGAUGGUCCGCUACCCAGUGCCAAAUGAGUGGGUGAAAAACUUCCGCAGGGAAAGUGUCCUGGGAGAAAAGUCUUUGAAAGCCAAGGUGAACAAGGGUGCCAGUUUUGGAUCAGCCACCGUGUCUGGUUCUGAGCCAGUAAUGAGAGUAACUUUGGGAACUGCCAAAUAUGAGCAUGCCUUUAAUUCCAUUGUAUGGAGGAUAAACCGACUGCCUGACAAAAACUCAGCUUCCGGCCAUCCCCACUGCUUCUUUUGCCACCUGGAGCUUGGCUCUGACCAGGAAGUGCCUUCCAGUUUCGUCCGCUAUGUGGACGUGGAGUUUGACAUGCCCACCACUUCGGCGUCCAAAGCCACUGUUCGGUCCAUUUCUGUAGAGGACAAGACUGAUGUCAGGAAAUGGGUUAACUAUUCAGCACACUAUAGUUACAAGGUGGAAAUAGAACAAAAAAAGAACUUGAAUCUUGAUCUGAAGGGAGCAGAAAUUGAAAAUGCCAGGGAAUGUGCCGUGCAGUGAAGGAAGACUUGUCUGCAAGACCCGUGGGAGGAGCAGUAAUGUCAACAGAUCCAGCUGAAGAGAACUGCAACACCUAGCUUCAGGUGUAAGAAGUACAAAGCAGUACUUUUUUAGAAAAUGCUCUUCAGUGUGACUGUGUCUUGAGUUUCCUGGCUCAUUAUGAUCUGUAUUUUGGCAGGAGGUUCGUUGACGGUUUGUUUAGAAGACCUUAGGGAUUUGCUGGAACAUUUUAAAUUCAUCCAGUGUAUUGAUAGAAAGACUUACACUACAUUCAAGCCUGCCUUCCUUUCUGCUUCUUCACCAUUUACCUUUAUGCACUGAAGUAUGUUAUGUCGACAACUGCAGCCAAAACAAAAAGCAACCCUGACCUCGCUUACAGUCUUCUCCUAUCAUUUGAAUGUUUUCUUGUAAGCUGGUGGUUUGGUCAUCAGCAGAGCCUUUCCUUGUGAUCUGCAGAAUAAAACCUUUUGAGAGCUAAGCACUGGGGGAACUGGGGAGCAGCAAGGGGAAAAGUGGUGCGUGAAAAGGUCUUUCUUCUAUGAAAUAGUCUACAGAGUAAAAAUUUCCCUGCAUCCAGAACAUAGCGAAUGCCAAGGAAAUGGGUGGGUGAGAUUCUGUAGCCUGCCUUGUGCAGGAGGUCAGACUAGAUCAUCAUAAUGGUCCUUUCUGACCAUGAAUCUAUGAAAUAAACAACAAAUAAUAUAGCUGAUUAUCUGACUCUUCCCAGUCACCUUUUCUUCUCUCAUCCUCUAAACCAGAACACUAAAGUAAUGCACAUUUUAAUAGGAUCUUGACUAGUCAUGAGAAAAAUUAAUUUGUUUUUAAGGUUUUCACUUGCUGGUCAGGUUUAUGCCAUUAGCUUGACUGAACAUGUGAUAGCUGCUUGUAAUAGAAAGUGUGCAGUGUAUAGCAGGGAUAGAGAAGGAGCAUUACUGAGAUUAGAUCAUUCCUGCCUAGAAAGAUAUCUGAGGGAAAUAGAUUUUAUUUUAACAUUUUCCUGAAUGGUUAAGUAGACUGAUUACUGGUUCAUGUUGUUUGGACAGGAGGAUCUUAUGUUCAGGAUACUUUGGAAGGCAUUAUAAGAAGUAAAUGCUGUGUGUUCCUGUCCUUGCAAUACAAUGUUGCUUUCAGGUUCCAUCCUAACAGUACUUCUUAUUCCAAGAAAGCCUACAGUGUAACAAAUGUGUGUACUGUAGACACAAUUAUCUUUUAAAUCACACACUAACUGGGACUAAAAACCUCUAAAAACACUUCUAUCACAGUGAACUAAAGAAACCUCCUCUUAGCUGAAGGUAGUAGCAAGUCCCCCCCUUAUCUUUUUCCUAGACUAGACUGUAGAAGGCAAAAUCACUCACUCAAUACACAUUGCAGUUGAGUUGUAAAAUGUUUACAAUACCUAAUUUUUACAGUUGUGUAUCUGACCUGUUUGCUCCCCUGCCCAAAAGUAAUAGUUUUGGAUAAAAGAAUUGUAAUUUGUUAAACCAUUUAUCUUUUUAAAGGGAUACUGUUGACUUAAAUAUACAUUUUAAAAAAUCCUUAUGGUAUUAUUAACAACAUGCUAAUUCAUUAAAACAGAGAGACUUUUAAAAUUCUAAAUUUAUUUUUCAUUAUUUGUGUGUUUUUUACAUAUUGCAUUUCACUCCGUGUGGGUCAUGACAAAUAGACUUUCAUUUUGGUUCCUGGUUACUUUCACUGUGACUUCCAUGAACAGUGUUGCUGUGUUCAGGUUCCAAAUGCCACACUGGGUUAUUUACAUUUGGACUAAAAAUUGUUUUAAUUAAAAUUUUUAAAAAAUCAUGAGACCCCUUUUAAGGCCCUCUUUUUAUAUGCACCUAAAUUUUAAGCCUACAGUAAUCUGAUGAUGUCCUUUUAAAUCAAAAUUAAAAAAGAAAGGCUCAUCUUUUUCUUUAGGCAGCAAUAAGGCUACAGCAUCUAUGGCAAAAGCACAUUUCUAAAAAAUAAUUCAGGGCCCAAUCCUUCAAAGACUUAUUACUGGGCACGGAGCUUUCAACUGCAGGUAGUCCUCGUGAAGCCCAAGGGACAGCUCCAAGCACUUCAUUUCAUAGUAAGUAUUUGCAGAAUCUAUCUGUAAAUGGGAACACUCAUACGCACCUUUGUAAAGCAUUUUGGGAGCUGUGGAUAAAAAGCACUGUUGAAGUGCUAAGUAUUUAUGACAUAGGGUUGCAUAAAGUUAGAGAGUUGUGCCUGAAACAUCCAAACAGCCCCUGACUCUGGGGUGAAGAAAGAUUCAAAAUCUGAACCCAGAUCCAAAUUUCUUGAUUGACCCUUUACAAUGGGCUGGCUAGGAACUUGAAUUUGUGGCUCAGGUCCAUCUCUGUAUAAAAUAAGAAUUUCCUCCCACUGUUCCAAAAACUCAAAACAAACUGUUGUUCAAAAAAGUUUAGAUAACUUUUGUUCCCCUUAUUUUCUAUUUUCACUGUUACCUCUAGAACACCAGUUUCUGGUAGGGUGACCAGAUGUCCCGAUUUUAUAGGGACAGUUCAGAUAUUCGGGGCUUUGUCUUAUAUAGGUGCCUAUUACCCCAUGCCCCCUGUCCUGAUUUUUCAUACUUGCUAUCUAGUCAUCCUCGUUUCUGAUAAGGCACAAAAAGAGAAGUAACAAAAUACAAGAAGUGAAUGUGUUCUCAGGAUGUUAUUGAGGAACUAUCAGAAAGCUCAUGUGAAAGAGGCUGUUCUUAUUAAAUUUCUAGCCCAGAUUUGCAGACCCAAGACGUUUGGCUAGCUUAGAUCAGUAUAUGAACUUUUGCAUGCUUUUCCCAACCUCUGAAGAUUUGGAAAUGCAUCCUAGUGACAGUUAAAUAUAAGAAAUAAUUAAGCAACAAGAUUUGACAUGCCUUAAACAGUGAGGGAACUCAAACACACUUCCCCUUCUCUAUUUUAUUUUAAGAAGUUUAACAUGUAUGGCAGUCCAGCAACAAACGGGAUGAUGGAGACUCGGAGGUUUCUGUGGUUGCUUCAUUUCUGUCCCUCUUGCUCUCUCUUUUUAAUUCAAAAUAAGUUAAUGAAAAUAACACUGAGACUGAUUCUGAUCUCACUCAUACCAGUAUAACUCAGGAGUAGCUCCUCAGAAGCCAGUUGGAGUUCAGUGGAUGAAAUUGGGUCAUCUGUUCUUGAAAAACUAUUUUAAUCCCCUUUUGAUUUCUGCAGAGCAUCCUUGAUACUUUUAUAUUUAUGCAGUCGGAUUUUCCAGAGUUCAGUACCAACUAUCAAGGCCAGAUUUUCAAAGCAACUUGCCUCCCUAUUAGGCACCAGAAUAAAUGGCCAGAUUUUCAAAAGAGCAUUGGGUGCUGGACUUUUUUGAAAAUCUGGCUAUAAGUGUUGCAAAUUGGGGGGGCUUAUAGAUGGUGGGAACUCUUUAAAAUCUAGCCCCAUGCCUGAGGGUUGAGCACUUGAACAUCUGGCCUUUAGUGCCUUCAGAGGGCUAAGCUGUCCUUGGGUGAUGUGGCCAGUGUCAGCUUUCCUCAAUGGCAGUCUGUCUUUCGAUCUCAUUCUUUCUGCUAGUGUGCAGUUGUGCAUGGACCAUGUUCUCCAUUUACAUGGCACACAGCAGUAAUUAGGAUAAAGUACUGGUUGGGGGGGAAUCAAAAAUUUCAUCAGACUUUAGAACAGCAGAAAGGAUUUAGAUGCAAGAAGUUUGUAUGAUAGGAAUAAUUAUUCCGCCUCUGGGAAGAGGUCCCUUUAAAUGCCUUCCAUUAGGUACACCCUUUGUGAGUGACACAGUCUCUGCCCUUUGAAGUGCUUAUAGUUCUGGAGUGCAACAUGCAAAAAAAGUGCCUUCAGUGCACCUGUACAUUUAUUUCCUGAAGCUAUUUCCACUCUGACCGUCCUGUUUUCUUUUUCAGUUUCAUUUUUGGAGAGUAGUGGUACUUGGGGUGCAGUGUGGUUGGUAACGGUUUUUUGGGGAAAAUCUACACCGCGUUUUAGAGAAACAGACAACAUUUGAUCAGAGUGAUUGGACUAAAGUCUUCCCCUUAAAGCUAAACUCCUCUUACUGAUACAUAUUAUAUUUAAUAACUCUAGAUAUUUUGCUGAUAAGAACAAAGAAAAAAAGGCAAAUUCAUCUGAAAAAUACUCCAACAGAUUGAUGAUACCUGCUGCAUUUGAAAAUUAUUCAAGAUUAAAAUGAUAAUCCUCACUAAAGACUGGGGAAAUUAUAGGGCUCUUCACUGCAUGCUGUCAUCUGAGCAGUGCUGAGAUAUCAUGUCAUUGUGACAUACAUUAUCUUCUGGCAGGGAGUUGCCUGGAAUACCUACUUGACAAGACGGUCCAAGAGUUAGAGGAGCCACAUGUCCUCUUGACUCACGAGCUGCCAAGAGUCCCUCCUGAUUACCUCACUACUGAUGAAAGGAUCGAUUUCAUUGCAAAAGGUCCUGAAAGUGAAAGAAGGGGCACCAGAACCAGUAACGUCCAUCUCUGGAGCCCAAUUACUCUGUCAGUCGCUUGCAGGAAACUCUCAUUGAUUUCAGUGGCACUUAGCAUACAAUGGCACUUGGCCCUGAUGUGUUACCUUUAUUCUGGGGGUUGGCAGAUUUUAAAAGAUGACACCGCCUAGGUCAGCUUUUACAGAUUUAGCCUACAUGGUUUUCAUCAGUCUAGGAAUUAACGGAAGUCACUGAUCAGUUGUUGAAGAAAUAUACACCAUCUGCUGCCAUUUAGCCUAAAGCAACCUGCUGUGAGCCUUGAAGCCUUCUGGGACAACAAAAUUUAAGUUGUUCCUAACCUUCCUUUUGCCUCAUCCAUCCACACAGUUCAUAACCUCUUGCACUAUUGUGAAGGACUGAUCUGAUUUAUUUUGUAACAUGUUCCUCUCUUUUUGUUUUGUAAAAUAAGAAAGUCUACACACUGGCUAACUCUGUAGAGGUGGUUUAAUUAUGUUGUGAUGUUGUUGUUUUUUUUAGCAGCUCUGGAGUGGGAUAUAAUUUUUGUUUGAACUGUGGGAAAGCUGUUAAAUAAAUGUAAACACAAAACAAAAUCCUCACA